GGAUCGGCCGUUUCUCGCUUCUAGAACUGCUCGCCUCAGUAACAAAUAGUAUUCAUUUCAUAAUGUGCUAACAGAAACCCUUUUAUAAGUUCGUCAGCUCCGCACUGCGCUCAAUCAGAAUGCGCAGGGUCGCUAUGGCCGGCGCGCGCAGCUUGCCGGCGACGCUAGUGCUUGAGGUGCUCCUUCCCAGCUGCACCAUCGCUGCGUGCGGGCUCGGCUCGGCCGCUUUGACCGCUAUCAGCGCACCUGCCGGCCCCUCGCGGUGCGUCAGCACAGCCUCAGCGGCAGGUAGCAGCACGAGCCCAGGCGCCGGCGCCGGCGCCGGCACUGGCGCCGCGGCGGCGGGCUCGCGCAGCCGUGUGCUGGAGGCGUUUGCGGGCCGGCUGCCCGACCGACUGCACCCGGACGACAAACACUACCUGCUGCGGCACCUGCCGCCGGGGGGGCCGCCGCCGCCGCAGCCGCACCCCGAGCAUCAGCAAGCGCAGCAGCAGGAGCAGCGUCGGCGGCGGGGUCCUUCCGGGAAACGCGCGGCAGGCACAGGGACAGGGACAGAAAGGGGCAGGGCGCAGGCUGAGACCGCCGCGGCUGGUGGUGCGGCCGAUGCAGCCCAACAGGAUGGCGUGAAAGGUCGAAGACAAAACAGUUCUGACUCAUGCGCUGCAGGCAGUAGCAACGGCAACAGGAGCGCCGGCAGUAGCAGGGGUGGAAUGCGUGGCAGUAGCACCAGCAGCAGCACCAGCAGUAGUCACGCGGCUUCAGGCCAGGCGUCGGCAGGUGCUGGGGCCGCGGCGGGUGACGGCCAUGGGGCUGGUGGAGGCGGUGGGGACAGUGGGGGCAGCAGUGGCGGCAGUGGCGGCGGCGGUGCCCACCUGCACAACCUGGUAUUCGAGAGGCUGCGACCGCCGCGGCCCCGACCGCCCUUCCCCGGACACCAACACAAUCACCACAACCGGUACGACCAACAACAACAGCUGCAGCAGCAACAACAACAUGAUGCAUAUCGCAGUCACACCGCGCGUGGCGGCAGCAGCAGCGGCAGCGCCGGCAGUAGCAGGCAAGGGCACGGCGACGGCGCAGACGAGGGCGAGGGCGAAGCCGGGUGGAGCAGCCGCGGCCGCAGCGGCCCUGGGCGGCGAGGGCAGGGGUCGGGCGGUGUGGGUGCGUCGCCCGGGGAUGAGGCCGACCAGGAGGAGUGGGCUGGUGCGCCUGCUGGACGUAGCAGGCGGCAGGCGGCGGGGCCAGCGGCGUCAGGCGGCGGCGGCGCCGAAGGAGGCAACUCUCGGGCCCAACACCACCGGCACCACGAGCCCCACCACCACCCCGGUGCGCGGCGGCCUCCUCGACCGCUCAGCCCCGAGUCACGCCGGCAGCGUGAGCAACAACAGCAACAGCAGCAACAGCAGCAACAACAGCAGCAAGAACAACAGCACCAGCAGGCAUUUGAGAAGCGCGGGCGGCGCGGCGUGGAAUGGUUCCAGCGGCGCUGGCCGCGGCAGUACGUGGACUAUGAGGAAUACGCGCGAUACCCGGAGUGGGGGGCGGCGGCCGCGGCUGCGGCCGCGGCGGACGCACGGGGGCGGCGGGCGGGCCACAGAGGAGGCGGCGGUGGUGGCGGUGGUGGCGGUGGCAAGCACUACCGCUCAGCUUUCCGGGACUUCUAUGACGACGAGGAUGAUGAGGCGGAGGAGAGGCGCUGGCAGUACACCGAAUUCUGGGGCGGCGGUGCCGGCGGCGGCGGUGCCUCCUCCUCCUCCUCCUCGUCCUCGUCGUCCUCCUCCUCCAGUCGCCAGGAGCAACAGGAGCAGCAGUACCAGCGCUACCAGCGGCACCAGCAGCAGGAGUACCAGCGGCACUUUGGCGCGGGCUGGUGGCAGCGCUUCCAGGCCAAAGCCAGGGCUGCCGGGGGCGCCUCCUCCUCCUCCCACUCUGGCUACCCCCACCAGCAGCCCCUGGCGACGGAGCUGCAGGCGCACCUGCGCACCCUGGGCCUGGCGCCGGGUUCGCCGCUGGAGCCGGCCGGGCUCAAGGCGGCGUUCCGCGCGCGCGCCAAGGAGACGCACCCCGACCUGCAGCCGGCGGCGGGCAAGGCGGCGGCGGCGGAGGCGUUCCGGGCGGUGCAGCGCGCGUACAGCGAGCUCAGCAGGCACUGCGCGCGGGCGUGAGGCUGGGGCGUGGUGAGGGCGUGAGGCCGGUGUGAGGAGGGCGUGGGGAGGUUUGUAGGGCUGCAAGGUCGAGGCCGGGUAAUGCGUGUAGCGUGUCGUUUACACGGUAGGUGGCAGGAGUCUGGGGGCAAGAAGCGGCGAUGGUGGUUGCUGCACACUCUGCCAUGUACCAACAACUAGGCUCGUUAUCUUAAUUAAUUGUAGCCGAUUAUGCGGAAACUUCGUGUAAACAAGAAUGAGUGCAAGUGUAAUUUUGAAACUUG